AUGUACUUCCAUCUGCAGGAAUUGAGCCCGAUCAAUCUUCGAGCCCACGCUACGUAUGGAUUCUACUUUCAAAUCGUUCUACCACCAGCUUCGGCUUUCGCAAAGUCCGAGAAGGCCUGGAAUGACCCGGCAAGCAAAGAUCCGAACAACCAAGGCUCAUUGCUCAGGCUCGUUUUCAAAAGCCUCAGUCCAUCGGGAGUCUGUCCGGAACUCGAUUGGGCUUACGAAGAUGCACAAUUUGCGAGACAACCCGGCGACGAUCUCGUCGACGCAGCCGUCGAAAAUGAUUCUGUGUAUUAUCUGAGACUAGGACCCGGCCAAUCUGAAGGAGUCGAAAAACACGUGACAGAAGCAGAGAAGGACAUCAUCGGAGCCAUGACGCUCCUCCGUCUCCGCCAGUACCUCGCAGAGGGGCAUUCCUUGGUCUCCGGCUUUCGGUGCUACUGGCAAACUCCCCGUUUCCAGAAAGACGACGUCUCGGUUUCCUGGGCAUUGGCCUCCUUGCCGAGCAGAAGAGGUCCAGCGGGCAAGUGGGGAGGCAACAUGGUGCUUGUUGUCGGGUUCGACGACGACAAGAAGCGGAUUCUGUACCAGAAAUCCUGGGGUGCCUCCGACUCCGUCGCGGGCACACUCGAAUGA